AGAGAGAGAGAGAGAGAGAGAGAGAGAGAGAGAGAGAGAGCUCUUUGAGACACACUGAAGAAUGAUGUCGAGUGGGCGUUGGGUCUGGGGAGGCACAAAGGGGUUAAAAGGAACGUGGAAACCAAACCUUCAGAGCCCAAGGAAGAAGGGUCAUUGAAUCUAUAUAAAGCUGGAAGAAGCGCCCCUGGGUCAAACAAACUACCUCCCAGGGUCCGAACAGCCACUCUCCCACUGCUGUGAAUACAGCUGCCACCCCCGCCCUCCGCCCGCACCCCCUCCCACUCUUAGGCUGACUAGAAAAGCCCACGGAAACCGCGAAGGAGCCCGGGCAGGCCCUGCCCAGAGUCAAAAGGAGGAGGGGGAAGGGGGAAAGCCAGUAUCCCCCACCCCCGGCGGAGGGGGCGGGAAGCGAGCUGCGGGCGCGGGGCAGCUUGCUGGACUUUGUGCAGCUGCCUGGGAGAGCGGAGCUGCAAGGAUGCUGCUGCCGAGAAGCGGGAGCGCGGGGCGGCGACCGCAGCUUUGGGCGACCCUCCUCUGUUUGCUGAGUUUGCUGUCUGGAGAAGGAGAAGCGGCAGAUAACAGUGACCUCCAGGACACAACACUGAUGACGGGACAAGAACCUUUACUUUCUUCUACUCCUCUAUGGAAAGGAUCAACAGCUGGAGAAACCGUGAAGGAUACCAGCCCCAGCCCCAGCCCCAGCCCCAGCCCCAGCACCAGCCCCAGCCCCAGCCCCAGCCCCAGCACCAGCCCCAGCCCCAGCCCCAGCCCCAGGUUCACUUCUCAGAAAAGCAGCCUCGCUCCAGAGAGUACGCCUUCAACCACACCUAACGCAGAAACCUCAAUACCUGAAACUCAGAAUCCCAUAACUACUUCUGGAGUCAACUCAACCUCUGAAACUGUGAACUCCUCUGCCCUAAGUGAGAGUCUUCCAGCCACCACCACGGUGCCAAUAAACUUGACAACAGCCAAUGCAUCUUCUCCAGAGGAGAUUGUAAUGACCAGCAUGCCUGAAACCACAUCAGGUCCCCCCAACAGUACCAACAUUUCAGCAUUGCCUACAGAAACAUUACUGACUGAUGUAGCCCCAGUUAUAAUUGAGAAACACAUCAAAUGCUUAAAAAUCAAACAAGUACAAGCAUCAAAGGGUAUCUGCUUGGAGUUGAAUGAGACCUACAAUUGUGAGGAUUUUAAAAGGGCUCAGGGAGCCAACCUGACCAAGGUGGUAUGUGAUCCCAAGAUGGCGGAGCCGGACACUGGGGCCCAAGGCUGCUCCCUGAUCCUGGCUCAAUCUGAAGUCAAGCCAAGCUGCAUGAUCUUGGUUCUGGAUUCCAAAGGUGACAUUUCCUACAUGCUCCAAACCAUGAAUAAGCAGAAAUCUCACCUGGAAAAGUUAGGGAUCCAGGACUUCCAGGAGGAAGACAUCCGGAAUCACCAAAACUAUUCCCGAAAAACGCUGAUUGCCCUGGUCACAUCGGGUCUCCUGUUGGCAGCUCUGGGCACGGCUGGCUACUUCCUCAUGAACCGUCGGAGCUGGAGCCCCGCAGGAGAGAGGCUGGGAGAAGACCACUAUUACACGGAGAACGGUGGAGGCCAGGGCUACAGUGCAAGCCCUGGCGCCAGCCCUGAUCCACAGGAAAAGGCCAGUCAGAGCCGAGGAGCCCAAGAGAAUGGGACCAAUCAGGCCACGUCCAGCAAUGGCCACUCAUCAAGACAGCCUGUGGUGGCUGAUACGGAACUGUGAUGAGACAGCGAAGGGCUUAAAGAUGAUGGGGCCAAGGAAAAGACCUUCCUCCAAGAGACUUCCCCACCCUCACCUCCCCACUGUCCAUGUAGCACCCACCUCCCAAACUGAUCUUUUUCUUUGUCAUUGUCCCUCUCUCUUAUUACACAUACCUUUCUUGUGUCCCUCUGUUGGGUUGGGGGAAGGAAUUUCGCUUAUUACAAAUGCCUGGGUCAAUGGUGCCUCUCUUUACUGCUCCAUGCAGAGUGCCUCCUGGCAGCCCUAACUCUUACCUUGAUCUAUUUGGGGUCAGAGCUCACAUGUAGAGGCUCCAAAUAGAGACCAGGGGCUCCUGGGCCAUGAGCCAGGCGCUGGACAAAUCUCUGUCCCUACUAGGCCAGAGAGUUACUUAAUCUCUGACACAUUGGUCACUCUAUCCACCUGCCCACUCUUCACUGCCUAGGAAGAGAGGAAAAGUUGGGGCUGCCAGUGCUUCUGUGUAAGAUGCCCAUUAUUCAAGGGCUAUUUCUUCCUUUCUCAUAAGGAAGUCACAUUAACCACUUGCUGUCCUUCCUGCCUGUGCAUCAAGACUAAAAAUCGUGUUUUCCCCAAAACAGAAUUGGCUGUCCCUGCCUUCCCUCUUAAGCCCAACAUAGCUCAGCCAGUCCCUUUGUAAGCAAGUGUGGCCCUUGGGCCGCUCUCUGUGAGAGAGGAACUAGAACUAACCAACUUCUUAAAAAUUUUUUUGUCUACCCUCCUGCAUUUGUAUGUCUAUAUUCUGAUGUGUGGAGCCACAUCAAUGACAUCAAAUUGUACUCAAUCUUGGCCUCCUGAGCAAAGUGGGUCAGGGCAGAAGGAGUGGGGACCACAAAUCUCUCCUUCCUGGGCACAAGAUGUUGGGUCAAAGGGUCAGGCCUUUUGCCUGGUUUCCCUGAGAAAGUGCCCAAACUAGGAAGGCAAGAUGACAUUAUUUCUGGCUGGCUCAGCCUUGACCCCAACCUCCAAAACCUAGCUCCUCCAUCCUUGCCAAGGUCCUUGUCUCUAGCUCUCAGCAGUUUCUGUUAGUGCCAUCUCCGUAUAAGCCUCAUUCCCCCAAUUUCCCAUCCCUCGACACCCCUUUCACAUCCAGCCCUCCUUCCAUCACCUCCAAGAGUCAGCCUCUUGGGAGAAAAAGGUAGAAUAGCUUUGGAGAGGUAGGAAACAGGAGUCCCUGGGUUCAGCAGCCCUUAGGAGCAUCACUUUCCAGAGGCAGGGAAGGGGGUUGUAGUGUUGUUUGUUUGUUUUUUUCCACCUUGAAAAGUUUGUAAAUACUGUAAUUAAAGUGAUAGUAAAACGGGUAUGUUUCUACCA